AUGUGGAAAAUUAGCAUAAAAGAGGGCCAAAUUGCACAAAAAGAUAUCAGAUUGGACUGGAAUGGAAUGGAAGCUGCUGGAAAUUGGGCUGUUGGAAGUUCGAUUAGAGGUGGAACAAGUGGAGAAAUCCUUGCUGAGGAAGGAGGAUUGGCAGCAGAUGAUCACAACUUGGAAGAAUCUGCUGCAGUACACUCAAUUGAGAGGAAGAAGAGCAGCUGCCGAAUUGCUACUACAGUAGCUGUUGCUGUUACUGGCUGCUGCAGAAGGGUGAGCAAUGGUGUAGUAAGUGACCCAGGAAACAAGGAAGAAAAGGGCAGAAGAUUCAGGCUAAAUUGGGGUUGGAGACACACUGAUGGAAGGAAGCAUGUUGCUGAUGCUGGUGCUUACAGACUGUUGCAAAUUGAGCUGUGGGGAAUAAAGAAUGAAGAAAUGGAGAUUUGUGGCCGUAAAUGGAAAAUUGAAUCAAAACUAGAUCAUAAAGAAGUAAAUCUUCGUGAGAGAAGUUUUAACCCAGAAAUCAAAGACACGGUGAGGAGAUCAAAAUCCUUGCGAAACAGAGUAGCUACUCCUCGAGUUCCUAAAGAAGAUCAGAAGAAGAUGGCAGAAGUAGCAACAGCUGAUCAACCUCAAGAAAGAGAGCUACAACCAACUCAAUCCAGACUGCUAAGAGAUUAUUUUAUACCCCAAGAAGAGGAAGUUCAAACUCCACUGGUGUACAAUGAUGUUGCAGCAGAGAACUUUGAGCUCAAAACUCAAAUGAUUCAAUGGGAGGAGCGUAGAGCUACAACUAAGAAGGCAGGAGUGUUGGAGCUAGAUGCUACAACUCACUUGCAAGCACUGAUGACGGCCAUCUCCAGUGAGAUAUCAAAGUUAAGGGCUGACAUCAACAAACCAAAGGUUGAUGUAUGUGAAAUCUGCACAGGAUCUCACCCCAGCUCUACCUGUCAGGCCACUAUGGAAGAAGUUCAGUUCGUGAGACAAGGAAAUGACAGAGAAGGCUUCAAUAGUUACAAUAAUUGGAGGCCACAGCAGAACAAGAACUGGACUAAUCAGCAGUCGAACUGCCAGAGAUCAGCUCAGCCACCUGGAUUUGAGAAUCAACCUUUCAGAAUCGAGGAAAAAGGUUGGAUAGAGGUAAUAUGUGCCCUUGUUAAUCUUGAUGUUACCAUUAAGGAAUUGCAGGAGCAAAUCACAUGGACAGCUAGAAGGGUGACCGACAGCACUAGGGGGGAUGAUUCCAUGGAGAUUAAGCAGGCCAACACAAUCACACUGAAAAGUGGAAAGCAGCUGCCAGGAACUAGUACAACAGUCUCAGAGAAGAGGAGCAAAGAAAACCAAGAUGUAGAGUCAUCAGAAAAGAAACUGCAAAAGGAGGCAACCAGGUGGAGCAGAAUACCCCUGACAUCGACUUAA